UCGUGCCUGAAGCGUCGUUGUGAGGUUUUUACAACCAUUGACAUGUCGUUAAUAAUUUUUGGCAACAAUAAAUCGGCGAAUUUAUUAUAAUGAUAUACGUUUGAUUGUAUAUAUAGAUACUGUUGAAGAUGAGCGAUUAUUUUGAAGACUUUGGUGUUCCAGAUGAUUGUGACACUCUUGAAUUUGGUUGUAACGAUGACAAUAUGAAGCCUGAGGACACAUUUUUUGAUGAUGUGAUUGGGCAUAUUGAAGAUGUGUUAGUGGACCAAGAAUUUCAAGACAUGCAGAAAUCAUUCAUGGAGAAAUAUUGGCAGGAAUUUCAUGAGGGAGAGGAAAACAAACUAUGCUACAUGGAUAUUUUUAAAGAAUAUGGAGACUUGAUUGAAAAUCAUAUCGAGAACUAUUUGGCAAACAGGAUACCACAUUUUUCCAUGCAAAAUUUUAUUGAAGAGUUGCAGAGACGAAAGUGCAACCUGGAUGGGGAAGUGUUUGAAGUAUUGUAUACCUUUACAGAUUUCAGUGCAUUUAAGGAAAUGUUCUUAGAUUAUAAGGCAGUUAAAGAAGGAACUGUGGAAAAUUUGUUAGUGACUGCAUAUGACUUGCCUUCUGCAUGAGACUGAAUUUAUUCGCACUACGUAAAUUUUUCUUUCGAAUCAUGAAUUUUGUUCCAAGCAGAAUACUUUUUGAGAAAUAUUUUGUCAGGUAGUAUGUACCAGUGCACUAUAGACAAAUAAAAUUCUUAUUGA